UCUUUUUCCACGAGCGCCAUAAGAAACGAAAGGUUCGAGACUUCCAAAAUUUUACGACUCUCUCUUUCUCUCUAUCGAACGCUAUUAGCCGCCAGCUCUUUCCAGACCAAUGGCUGUUGGCGUCCUCGCUCUUCAGGGUUCUUUCAACGAACACGUUGCAGCGCUUAGAAGAUUGGGUGUCAAAGGAGUGGAAAUAAGGAAGCCAGAGCAGCUGGAUAAUGUUACAUCUCUUAUUAUUCCUGGCGGUGAAAGCACUACUAUGGCUAAGCUCGCCGAGUAUCACAACUUGUUCCCUGCUUUGCGCGAGUUUGUUAAGAAAGGAAAGCCUGUAUGGGGAACAUGUGCAGGUCUCAUCUUCUUGGCGGAUAAGGCUUUUGGGCAGAAAACUGGAGGACAAGAAUUGAUUGGUGGCCUGGAUUGCACUGUCCAUAGGAAUUAUUUUGGCAGUCAGAUUCAAAGCUUUGAGGCAGAUCUUUCAGUUCCAGAUCUUGUAACUAAGGAAGGUGGCCCGGAAACAUUCCGUGGAGUUUUCAUUCGUGCUCCUGCAGUUAUUGAAGUUGGGCCUGGAGUUGAAGUGCUGGCUGAGUAUCCAGUUCCAUCUACCAAUGUUUUGUAUUCAAGUUCUGCUGUUCAAAUCCAAGAGGAAAAUGCUGUGCCUGAAAAGAAAGUAGUUGUGGCUGUAAAGCAACGGAAUUUGCUGGGAACUGCCUUCCAUCCUGAACUUACAGCCGAUACUCGAUGGCACAGUUACUUCUUGAAGAUGGGAAGUGAUGCUGGAGAAGAAGCCUCAAGCAGCAUUGUCCAAGUUGGGGGAUCAGUAGAUCAAAGCUUCGACGAAAAACCAAGGAUUGAUCUUCCCAUCUAUCAAUAGUUGCGAUCAGAUAAUUGGCAUCUUUAUAAUCUUUUUAACCGGUUUUUAUCCUAAUGAAGAUGGGUAAAGAAAUUAAAUUUUCUGUGUACCUACAGUCUUCUGUUACUUAAAUUAUCAGAUACCCAUCGAAAGGUCAGUUAUUCUUAGGUUGGCAGUAUAGAUUUACAAGUCAAAUGACAGAUAUGCAUUCGGGUUACCCAUCUGUGUACAUAAUGUUCAAAGAAUCAAAGGAAAAGAAGUAAGCUUUUCUUCAUAUAGAAAUAUGUGGUAAAACAGUGAAAUUUAAUCACAUUGGCCAUAAACAUAUCAUGCUAAGUUCAUCCAUCUGCAUGCAUAAGGUGAUAUAUAUAAACUAAUGUGAUCCCAUUGUUCUGUUUGAGCUA